AUGCCGGCCAUUAACCCGCUGAUGGCCGACGGCUUCGUCCGUGUGGACCGCGACUACGUGGCGCAGGCGGCAGAGCUGGCGCGGGCAGGGGGCUGCAAACACUUUGUCCUGCAGUCCUCCCAGGGGGCUGACCCGCACAGCCACUUCCUCUACCUCCGCGUGAAGGGAGAAGUGGAGAACCUGGUCCAGGCUGUUGGUUUUGAUCGCUGUACCAUUCUCCGGCCAGCGGUGCUGCUGUGCAAGCGCCAGGAGUCCCGCCCCGGCGAGUGGGUGGCCCAGCAGUUUCUGGGCGUUGUGGCUCGGGUCUUCCCCACCGCUUACUCUGUGCCUGUGGAAUCAGUGGCCAGGGCUAUGGUGGCCAGUGUGCUGCAGCCAGCUGAGGGGAAGGUGGAGGUGCUGGAGAAUAGGACCAUCCACAAGCUGGGAAAGGCAGUGCCACAGAAGGGCACGUAG